GUCUUGACAUUCAAAGCGAUUCGCUAUCCUACGUUGCACGAAUAUUCGAAAAUAUGGCGGCGUCCGUGUUGAAGGUUGCACGUCUCUCAAAGUGUGUUCUUCACACUUAUUCUCCAACCCUGAGGACACUUUCAAUCUCAACACCACUCUGCCAAGGUAUUCCAGGAUCUGUCUGGAAACUGGGAAGGCUAAAUCACAUCGCUAUUGCUGUACCAGACAUGGAGAAAGCCACUGCUCUUUACAGAGAUGUACUGGGGGCUCAGGUCAGCGAUAAAGUUCCCUUUCCUGAACAUGGAGUCUACACUGUCUUUGUGGAGCUGGGUAACACCAAGUUGGAACUGCUGCACCCACUCGGGGAGAAGAGCCCCAUCGCAGGCUUCCUACAGAAGAACAAAUCUGGUGGGAUGCACCAUAUCUGCAUUGAGGUUGAUGAUAUCAGUGCAGCGAUAGUGGAUCUGAAGGCUAGGAACAUUAGAACCCUGUCAGCUGAACCACGGAUAGGCGCUCAUGGGAAACCUGUCAUGUUCCUCCACCCAAAAGACUGUGAUGGAGUACUUGUGGAACUGGAGCAAGCCUGAAUACCCACAGGUCUAAAAAACGCUGUAGUUUACAAUUAGACGGUUUGAAAAUUGGAUUAAUUAUUGCACUUUUUCCACCAGUAAUAAUGAUGGCAAAGGUAGAUUUAAAAAAUAUGUUUAAUACCAGGGUUUUGAUCCAUUUAAAAAAAAAAAAUCUUUGUCUUCCUUAAAAGUAAGUGUCUAUUUGCCUCUGCUGUGAAUAAAUUCUAUGAUUGACUCUAA